AUGACCGACUCGGAGGAGGUUGAGGAACGAGUGCUUGCACUUCUGAGACUUUUGAAGAAGAAGGAGGAUGCCAAGAUCAAAGAGGUGGGGGAUGAGAUCGGCGACGCGGCCUGGGACAAUGAACCCUGGUUCGAGCCCGAUCAGAUCAUGGAAAUGUUCAAUCUCUGGUUGGAUGCUUGCAUUGCUGGGCGUGACGACGAGGUGUUGCAGUACACGGCCAAAGCCCUGCGCUUUUCAAAGGUGGAGGAGUUCAGUCAUAAGGACUUGCCAAAGGUUUUGAAGAAAAUCUCCCAAGCCCUUGCCAAGCCUGGGGCUCCACAUAUGGAGACUCUGCUCCUAGUCCAGUUCACACCGAUGAAGUUUACAGGUGACGUGAACUUGUACCCAGCUCUCAAAGAGCUGUUGGCACACGAGAAGGCCGACAUCAUUAAGGACGCCUUGGACCAGGUGACGGGUUCCUCCUUCAUUCAGUUGAACGAGUUGCCGGAUGCAGAGGUGGCAGAAAUCUUUAAAAUGACCGUGGCACAUGCGAAGCUCGUGAAGGCUGACCUGCCAAAGUACAAGCCUGGAGACACGGACUCCUCAGCCAGGUUGCGGAACCGCUUGUCAUGGCUCAACAACCUCUUCCAGGGCGCCUACAUCUUCUGCACGAUGCUCACCAUCGCGGGGAAGGACUUCCCCAAGUCCCCACAGGAGAUCGCUGUACCAACCCUGGUGAUGGAGCUCAAGGAUAGCGUGGAAGCUCUGAAGCCCAAGCCCAAGGAACAGGAGUUGAAGGAGAUGAUCAAACAAUUUGUCGAUUCAUGCACAAACCUCUUGAGCUACAUGCCAAAGCCUGCAGCUGGCUCCGCCGACCCCUACAAGGAUGCUCAAGCGUACCUGAAGGCAUUGGGCACCGCGAAAGACUCCAACUCCUUGAAUGGGACCAUGAAAAUGAUGAUGAACAGCACCGACAAGAAAGUGCUGGACCUUCUGUUCUCCAAAGACGCAUUGGAGACCCUGUUCAAGGCGAUUCAGCGUGUGAAGAAGCAGGAGACGGAUGAGCUUUACCGGACCUUUCCCGUCCUCAUGAAGUUUGUGGGGGAAAACCGGCCAGCUGCCUUGGAGGCAGUUGGUGACAAGCUGCUGGAGCUCUACAUGCCUAUGCCUCUGGAAAUGGCCACUCCCAAGCCCUUCAUUGACGUGAUGAUCGACCAAACUCCCAAUUUGGCAAAGAAGUUUUGGUCCAAGGCCGUCCAUGAGGGUCUGGAGUGA